AGGUCUCUCUGGCGCGCUGGGUCCCCCUCGCACACCUGGGCGCAGUGAGCUCUCGGUGCAGCCGCGGCCCGCAGCAGCGGCAGGGGAGAGGAGUGGCAGAGUAGACUAAAAACAGGAAAAAAUUAUGGAGGCUGAUAUAAUUGCAGACCUUCGAUGCAAGCUCAAAGAGGUUGAAGAAGAGCGACUAAAAGCUGCACAGUAUGGUUUACAGCUAGUGGAGAGCCAAAACGAAUUGCAGACACAAUUAGAUAAAUGUCGUAAUGAAAUGAUGACCAUAACUGAGAAUUAUGAACAAGAAAAAUACACUCUUCAGAGAGAAGUUGAGCUCAAGAGUCGAAUGUUAGAAAGUUUGAGCUCUGAAUGCGAAGCUAUUAAACAAGAUCAAAAGAUGCAUCUGGAGAAAUUAGAAGAGCAGCUGAGCAGAACCCAUGGACAGGAAGUGAAUGAACUGAAAAAUAAGUUAGAAAAACUGAAAGCGGAAUUAGAUGAAGCUAGGCUUAGUGAAAAGCAGCUGAAGCACAAAGUGGAUUAUCAGAAGGAACUCCUCUCUUGUAAAUCAGAGGAAAUGCGGAUAAUGUCUGAGCGUGUACAUGAAAGCAUGUCUUCAGAGGUGCUGGCUCUUCAAGUGGAACUGACCGAAAUGGAAAGUAUGAAGACCACCCUCAAAGAAGAAGUGAAUGAACUACAGUACAGACAAGAACAACUAGAACUCCUUAAUACUAAUUUAAUGCGCCAGGUCGACCGGCUUACAGAAGAAAAAGAGGAGAGAGAGAAAGAAGCAGUGUCUUACUAUAAUGCCUUAGAGAAAGCUCGUGUAGCAAAUCAAGAUCUUCAAGUGCAAUUAGACCAGGCACUCCAGCAAGCCCUGGAUCCCAAUAGUAAAGGCAACUCUUUGUUUGCAGAGGUGGAAGAUCGAAGGGCAGCAAUGGAACGUCAGCUUAUCAGUAUGAAAGUCAAGUAUCAGUCACUAAAGAAGCAAAAUGCAUUUAAUAGAGAACAGAUGCAAAGAAUGAAGUUACAAAUCGCCACAUUGAUACAAAUGAAAGGGUCUCAAACUGAAUUUGAGCAGCAGGAACGGUUGUUUGCCAUGUUGGAGCAGAAGAAUGGUGAAAUCAAGCAUCUCUUAGGUGAAAUUAGAAAUCUGGAGAAAUUUAAGAGUUUAUAUGAAAGUAUGGAAUCUAAGCCUUCAGACAACUCUGGUGUUCCGAAUGAUACCACCUAUUACACGGAUUUACUUCAGAUAAAGCUUGACAACUCAAACAAAGAAAAUGAAAGCACUAAAGGGGAAUUGUCCAUACAGCGAAUGAAAGCAUUAUUUGAGAGCCAGCGGGCUCUGGAUAUUGAGCGAAAACUUUUUGCCAAUGAAAGAUGCCUCCAGUUUUCCCAAAGUGAAAAUAUGAAACUGAGAGCUAAAAUAGAUGAGUUAAAACUGAAGUAUGAACCUGAAGAGAAAAUUGAAGUGCCUGUACUCAAAAAGAGGCGUGAGGUACUGCCUGUGGAUGUAAACCCCCCUAACAGCGUAUGCACCAGCAGUGCUGCUACUGGGGAAGGAGUUUCUAGAUCACCUCAGAAAGAGGAGGCACAGUCCUGUGCUAGCAACUUAGGAGAUAACAACUUGCAGUUAGAAACGACAGUUUCUGUAAACACACCAGGAGUCACUCUCUCUCCUCACAAAAAUAUGCCCGUGACUUUUCAACCAACGAAGGAAAAGAAAUGUGUGAAACUUGUAGACGUUCCAGCCAUGAGUGAAAGAAGCGGAAACUCCCCUGACUCUCCCAGGUUAGCUGCUGAAUCAAAGCUUCAAACAGAAGUUAAAGAAGGGAAAGAAACUGCAAGCAAAUUGGAGAAGAAAACUUGUAAGAAAUCACACCCUAUUCUAUACGUGUCCUCUAAAUCAACUCCAGAGGCCCAGUGCCCUCAGCAGUAAAGACUGAUCUUUAACAAGAGUAGGUACCACUCAUCCAAAAGGUUGCUUUGGAGGUUAAUUAAGAUUAUCUUCAUCUGAAGUAUACCACCUUGUAGGUUAUUUCUUUCUACUCAAUGCGCCAGGACCUGGCAUGUUCAUAUUGUUUUGACCAAGUGUUCUAAAUUUGGUUGUGACUAACCAGGAGAUUCCUUAAGUGAUGGCCCUUUAUGGAGCUUCUGUGUGAAUAAACUAUUAACUGAAGGAAGGUGUUGUUAUAAAUCUAUUUGUUGCAUUGUAUAUAGGUUUUUUAAGUGAUAUAAACAUACCGUCAGAGCCAUAUAUUAUAUUGUAAGUAGAUUUUGUCAGUUUAAAGCACCUAUGUUCAUCUUUGUAUUUUUAAUUCUGAACUUUCUAAAUAAAGAUUUUUUUGCCUUUAAAUGA